CACUGAAGCUGGACAGGUGGAGGACUGAAUCACGAACUGGACCCACCUAUUUUUCAAGAACCACCCAACUUUUAGAAGUGUUAUGGUCAUGAAAAUGAGGCGAACGAAAGGAAAAUAAAAGGAGAGAAAUCAAACAGAUCAUGCACACAAUGACGGGGACAUGCUUUCUGUUCCUCUCCAUUCAGCCCAUUUGGCUUCUCAUUCUCUCCUUGCUUGGCUUCUUCACCAUUCUCCGGCACUUCACGUCCACCGUCCGAUGGGUUUUCCGAGCCUUUCUCAGACCCUCCAAGGAUCUGAGAUACUAUGGUUCUUGGGGCAUAGUCACCGGCGCCACUGACGGCAUCGGAAAAUCAUUUGCCUAUCAGAUGGCCAGAGCCGGCCUGAACAUUAUACUGGUCGGCAGAAACUCCACCAAGCUGAAGGCAGUUUCUAAGGACAUUCAAAUUCAGUUCCCUGACACAGAGAUAAAGACCGUUGAAUUGGACUUCACAGAAGACGAUAUUGGUGGUGGUAUUGCAGAGAUUGAGGAGGUGAUUGAAGAUUUGGACGUGGGGAUUCUGAUAAACAACGUGGGGAUUACUUACCCAAACGCCAGCUUCUUCCACGAAGUGGAAGAGAAAGUUUGGAUGAAUAUUGUUAAAGUGAACGUGAAGGGCACUACUCGGGUUACCAGAGCUGUUUUGCCGAAGAUGAUGAAGAAGAACAGAGGAGCCAUUGUGAAUAUUGGCUCUGGAGCUGCCGUUAUUGUUCCUUCCCAUCCUCUCUAUGCAAUCUAUGCUGCUACAAAAGCGUAUGUGGACAAAUUCUCGAGAUCUCUGCAUGCGGAGUACAAAGACCAUGGAAUCGAUGUACAGUGUCAGGUGCCGUUGUACGUGGCGACUGAAAUGGCGUCGAGAGUGGCGUCGGUGAGCGGCGCGUCGCUGUUCAUUCCAUCGGCGGAUGACUAUGUGAGAGCUGCAAUUCGCAGAAUCGGGUACGAGCCACGGUGCACCCCUUACUGGGCUCACUCGCUCCAAUGGUGCUUCGCGCGCCUCCUCCCGGAGGCGGCGCUCGACGCCUGGCGGCGGUCCAUCGGCCUGCAUAGGAGGAGGAGGGGAUCCGACGCCAUGAAAGGAAUUAAAGGUUGCAAGCAAGAAUGAAAAGCCUUGGAGAAUUAUAAUUUACAUGAAUAAAAGAUUAAACCCAUUAAUAUCAUACUUAUGGAUGUGAUGAAUUGUUUAAUUAGGGGAUGGUUUGUCUUUCUUCAAAUUCAAUGUUGAUUA